AUGGAAACUGAGGAAUCUUCUGUGAAGACUGAAGACGAUAAAGCUGGUGAGGUCAAACAAUCAGAUGAAAAGGAAACCAAACUAGCUGCAGUAGAAGCUGUCAAAACCGAAGAAAGCACAGAUGCAGCCUCAAAAGUUACCACUAAUCCACCAAAAGCAGCCGUGACUAAGACAACCCCAGGUAAAACUGCAGCAAACAAGACACCUGUUGUAAAAGCUGCAGCUACAGCAAAGACUGAUGCUUCCAACAAACCAGUACCUGGUACCAAGACUGGAAAUGGAGUUGUUAAAUCACCAGCAGCUGGAGCUAAGGUAGCCAUUCUAGAAAUGAAUGAUGACUCAUUUGAUUUGCGAGUUGAUGACACUCAGAUGAGUGAAAUUGAUGCUGAUUUGCUGAACUCGCAGGGUGAUGCUAAGGUGAGUGCUAAGACAGACGAGGUGAAUGGUGAGACAGAAGGUGCAGAAACAACUUUGACUGAACAAAGUGGUGAGAAGACUGAUGAUACAGACAAAUCUGAUAAAAAGUCAACUGAUGAUAAAACUGACAAGAAGGAUGAAAAGAAAGGUGAAGAAAAGAAGGAUUCAACUAAGGAUAGCAAAACAACUUCCAAGAGUUCUCAAAGUUCUAGAGAUUCUAAAUCAAAAGAUAACAAAGGUGGUUCUGGUCGUAAUUUGUGGGUGAGUGGUUUAUCACCAAUAUCUAGAGCUACAGCACUUAAACAAUUGUUCAGCAAAUAUGGCAAGGUGGUUGGUGCUAAAGUUGUUACUAAUGCAAGAAGGCCAGGAUCUAGAUGCUAUGGCUUUGUUACCAUGUCCACAGCUGAAGAGGCUUCUAAAUGUAUCACACAUCUUCAUCGCACUGAACUUCACAGUAGGAUGAUCUCUGUUGAAAGGGCAAAGAAUGAACCAGGAACAGCCAACAGAUCCUCAGCUUCUCACAAAUCAUCAGAUGAUAGAAGAUCUUCUACUGGAAGAAAAGAUGAAAAAAAGGAUGAUAAGAAAGAUGAUAGAAGAAAAGAUGAAAAGAAACCAGAUGAUAAAAAAGAUGAGAAGAAACCAGUUGAGAAGAAAGAUGAAAAGAAAAUACCAACUAAACCUGAAUCUAAGGAUAAGAAGCCUGACGAAACCAAGAAAGAUGAAAAACCCAAAGAGAAAAAAGAUGAAAAGAAAGAUGAUAAAGAUAGAAGAGAUAGAAAAUCAGAUCAUAGUGCAAGAUCACGAGAUAGAUCUAAAGGUAGAUCAAGUCCUAGAAGAGAUAUUCUGUCAUUUGAACAGAUUCGUGCUGAACGUGAGAGAGAAAGAUUGAUUCAGAAAGAAAGACAAAUGAGAGAAGAGGAAAGAAGAAGACAGAGAGCUUUAGAAAGACAACAGAGUCGACAGAAAGAAGUUCAUAUACGUCAGAGAGAAGAGGCGAUGAGAUUAAAAAGAGAACAGGAUAAAAUAAAACUUGAAAGAGAGAGGAUAGAAAGAGAAAAAUUAGAAAUAGAAAGAUUAAAGUUGGAAAGAGAGAAAUUUGAAAGAGAAAAGGAAGAAAUGCUGCGACAAGAACGAUUAAGAUUAGAGAUGGAAAGGAGGGCAUUAAAGAGACCAUAUGAUAGUCGUGGUGGUAGAGAUGAUGAUUAUAAUUCUGGUAGUAAAAGAGCCACUUUAGAUUCCAGAUAUGAUUCUUAUGAUAGACGAGAUGGAGGUUCUAGUAGGUAUCAUGAUCGUACAGCUAGUGCCGGAGCCAAUGACAGAAAAGUAGAUCGAUAUGAUAGAAGAACAUCUGAUGCUACAAGUGAUCGACGUGAUAGAAGUGAUACUAGACGUGCUAGUUCACGUGAUACAAGAGAUAAUAGAGAUAAUCGACGUGAUGAUAGAUAUUCAGCAAAUAGCAGUCACCGUUAUGGUAAUGAUAGUAAGAGUGAUAGAAAUGUUGGUAGAAAUGAUAGAACUGAUUCUAGAUCCAGUAAUAGAGAUAGAGAUCGUACUACUAGUAGUGGUGGUGGACACAGUAGUCAUGGGGCUAGUCGUGGUAAUGAUAGAAACAAUGACAGGACAGCUAGUCAUACUAGUAGUCAUACUACUAGUAGAUCUGAUUGGAAAUCAGACCGACCUUCAGCUUCACGUCAAACAGCAUCACAUAGUUCUCAUACUUCACACGGUGCACAUGGUGGAACACAUGGACGAGAUACUAAUGAUACAAGAGUUGCAGUAACUAAUAGUCGAGAUAGUUGGCAAUCUAAUUCAGCUAGACCAACUACCGGAAGUUAUGCAGAUGUAUCAAGUCAGAGACCAGCAUGGGGAAGUGGAAUGGAUCGUAAGGUAGCACAUCCUAUAGAGCCAACACCACUUGGUCGUAAUGAUAGAUGGAUGGGAGCUGAGCCUCAUCAACAUCGUACAGGAUAUAACAAUAUGGGAGUAAGUGUAAUGGGUACCAUGGGAAAUAAUGUGUAUUUGAGUAAUGCUGCCGGCAGUAACAUGAAUAUGAUGGGUCAGAAUUUGAGUCGGCCACAAGAUAGCAGAUUUGGAAUUGCCGCAGCUACUAUGCGCAGAUUUUAACAUUGAUUUGGACUUUCUUUUUGUUUAGUUCAUAUUGGUCUUAUUUGUUAUGUCAUCUCAUUAUUUUUCUAGAGAAAUUAUGAUUAACUAGAUAAUUAUGAUUACAAUCAAAUCGUGGAAGAUAAUCAUAAAGAAGGUUGAAUGUUUUUAUUAAUGUGGAGAUCUUGUAAGUCUCCUAACUGUAUAUGUUUUGUAUGUCAAGUGCUCAUGAUAUUUUAAUAAAUGAAAACUCAAUAAU